ACGGCACUCCACGACGACCAGUGUUCACCGAACAGCGCCCGAGCGGCAUACUUAUAUUGUUGCCGAAUCGGUAUUCAAGGAAACCUCUUGUAAAUCGUCUUCAGAAUAAUACUAUUGUCUAUUGAAUUGUGGACAAAGUGAAUGCAGAAUGGCACAUCGAUUAUUAAACAAAAACUCAGACAGAAUAAUUGAAGGUAUGAAAGACGUUACAAUACUGAAGACAAAAUAAAAGCCAUAAAGGUCUCAGCUUGAGAUGGCUACAGUGUCUGGUGUUUCCCGGUUCACUGGAUCUUGUGGUGGCAUUGGACGGUAUUCAUGCUUAUAAUGAAUUAAUCCGGGAGUAGUUAAUUCGACCUUUCAGUCUCCGUUGUAUACGUUGCGGAUACAGAAUAUAGUGAAGUUGUGGAGCUGUAACAGUGAUUUUCGUCAAGUGGUGGAACACUGACCAGGCUGGCUGAGGUGCAGCAAGUUGCUUUGGCCUUGGCCUUUAUUUGAAUGGGUGACCGCCAAUCAAUGCCGGACCGUGGCUACCGCCCGUGACUGUGUGUGGUGGUUUGGGCUUGUGCGGUUAGCACCCUUCCCCCAAGAAUCAUCGGUCAGAAGCUUGCCAUUGACCUUAUGAGUCUGGAGUGAGCGGCAGUGUCUCAUACUGAGGUCCUACAAGUUAACGGUGAGAGUAUUUUGGUGGUCGGUGUUCCGGUCAGCUUGAUGCCUUCGGCUGUCCUCCUCCUCCUCCUCCUCAUCAUCGGUUUGGGUUUGCAACAACAGAGUCGCCUGCGUGACCAGUGUUGCCCAGAUAGCUGUCGCCAGUAAAGUCCAAGAGCCGACGUCCCCAAGUUCUUGCAUCUUCGUCAGUGACUGCUGCUGUCCCUUCUACAGUGGCUGUCACCCCGGGGCAACUGGGUCACUUCAAAUAAAGCCGCCGCCGCCUCUGCCACUGCUUGCGCUGCUGUCGCCAGUGUUGGAAUCUUAUAACCUGUGCUUCUCGGUACUGAGAGAGACUGAGAGAGUGGGCGUGUGUGGGUGUGGGGAAAUCCGGAAAUUCCAUUUUGUGUCAGUAGGUAGGACGUGAAGGUGGUGCAGGCUGGCGUUCCCAGGCUUCGGGGGCGCCUGCGGGGCCGGUGGCUCCGCAGGCAUGUACCUCAAGUCGUCCCCUUACUCCAUGAAUGGCAUCGGGCUCACCAUGGCAGGGAUGGACUCACUGCACCCGAGCAUGGGUUACCCACCGCCCAGUGAGUACCUCUACGCAACUAACCCGAGGAAGCAGCGCCGCGAGAGGACCACCUUCACGCGAGCCCAAUUGGACGUGCUGGAGUCCCUCUUCGCCAAGACUCGCUAUCCCGACAUCUUCAUGAGGGAAGAAGUCGCCCUCAAGAUCAACCUUCCGGAGAGUCGUGUUCAGGUGUGGUUCAAGAACCGCAGAGCCAAAUGUCGUCAGCAGCAGAAGCAGCAGGCAGCUGGUGCGGAGAAAACUCCCAGAAGCAAAAAGAUCACGAAGUCACCUCCACCAACCACUCAAACUUCGCAGCCUUCUAGUCAGACGACUACGGGCGGAGUCGGCGCCAGCACUUCACCGCCUCCUACAGGCGGCAAUCACAGAGACACUUCACCGCCGUCGCCACCGCCGUCGGUCAGCUCUGCUCCUCCUUUACCGCUGACCCCCUCCUCCACUGCCCCGACCUCCUACAAUCCCAUUUGGUCACCGGCUGCCAUUCCUCCGGCGGGAUCUGCGUCCAUCCCGCCCAUGGGCGAUCUCAUGACUCCUUCCUGUUUGGACAGAGGUGGAUACGGAGGUGUCAGCCAACAAGCUGCAGCUGCUGCUGCCUGUUAUCAGAGCUACGCAGCGCCCUCCUAUUAUUCCAAUAUGGACUACCUCGCUCCGAUGUCGCACUCCCAAAUCAACGUCCCUGUAAGCUCCAUGGCGUCUUUGAAUCCAAUGGGCGGCGGGGGAGGUGGUCAGCAGAUGGGGUCUCACUCCUCAGGCUCAGGCCUGGGUUCUUCCGCACUGGGCUCAUCAUCCCUGGUGUCCUCGACAUUAGGUACAUCUUCCCUGGGGUCAGCUGGAUCGCUAGGAUCCAGUCAGUCCUUAAGCCCCAGGACACCACCGACGGUCAACUCCUUAACACCGUUGCCCUCAGACUGCCUAGAGUACACGGACAAGAACACAGCCGCUUGGAAGUCCUACCAGAGUUUCCAGGUUUUGUGAGCUGCUUCGAAGAGGGGUUUGCCGUUUUCGAACCCUUACGGACUCUGGGAAAAUGAAAGUGAAACCGGACAGUGUGAAUGGAAGUGAUUUUAGUUUUCUUCCUGAAAUACUCGACUUGAACUACUCGAGAAAAUACAGGAAAGGCCUCUCUUAUGAAAGGCUUGAAGGAGAGUGCAGAAACGUCACACUUGCAGGACGUAAUCCUCCUGCUUUACAUUUUUUUUUUUUACUUUAGUCAACUCUCCCAAAAUCUGCAAUAGCCUAUCAGUAUCUCUGCAUUAGAUUAUGGCAGUUAGUGUACCUGUACGAAUAUACUCCAUUAAUAAGCGAUAGGAGAUCAUAAUUACCUAAGACUUUCAGUUAAUUUUGUUUAGGAAGCGAUGAUCGUGAAGCUUUCACCGGUGAUGCUGAAGAUAUCCUUAACUCCCAGGUAACCUCUAGUCAGAGGGACGCGAGUUAUUACACCCAGCCGGUGUCCUGCGACGGACCAAUAGUGAUGAAUCCGCUGUCCUCUUCUCUCUUCCCUCCCUCUGCUUUCACACAGAAUUGCUUCAACUUCGUACGAUCUCGUACAACUUAAGCCAGUCCAGUAAUGAAAAGUAAACCAAAGGAUGUAUAUUGCGGUCUCCACUUUGCCUUACCGAUAUAAACGAAUGGCCACUGCAAUGGAGAUUUCGACUGGGCCUUCUUCCUCCCGGCUUCUGCGACAGGGAACACGCGAGAAGGCCUCGCCUGCAAGGAGGAAGAACGUGAACUGCAAUUAAAAGUCUGUCGGACGUACGUGUGUGUGCUUUUGAAACAUCAAAACCCAGUAAAAAUAAUUUGUCUCAAAAAUUGUAUUAUUUAUAUCGACGUUGCUAGUGUUUUGAACCAAAGCAUAAAUAAUUUUUAAAUCUAAGCUUAAAUUAUGAUGUUUUACUAAGCUGCUUUAAGUGGUUCCCCCCGACGAAACUCUUGGUCAACGAGAGCGAGAGAGAGAGAAACUGAAUCUUGAAAAAGUUAAAUGAAAACACAACUGGGGCCUUACGUCAUAGCAUUGUUUUCUUCAGGGGCGUCCGAAGCAUCUCAAGAAUGUUCAGGCAGGGUUAGAUAGAAUCUUGUUUUCUCGUCAAUAUUAUUGAACGUAUCUCAAGUUGAAGACCUCCUUCAUCUUGGUAUGGAUGACAUUUUGUUUUCCUCUUAGGCUGAAAUGAUCGCCUGCCUUUACAAACUGUAGCUACGUGGAACUCUUAGAAAUAUAUGCUGUAAGAAAAUCAUAUCAAUUAGUCGAUAGAAUAACCCUUUUGAACAUAACUUAUAUUCCACGAAGUCUAUUUGUACUUUGAAAACGGAUUACAAAGCCAUCGUCAGAUCGUGUAAACGUUACACAAGUCAAUUAUUCUUUUUUAUAGAUACAUAUAUAUAUUCAUAUUUAGUAGAUAGUUGGUUCCUAAUGUAUAAAAUAAUCGAACACAGUUCUGGACAGGACUUGUUUGUAUCGUCAAGAAGGCGGCCUACUUACCGCGCGCGAUUUCUCAGCUCAAGGAAGUUAUGACGCACUAACUGGUAAUAUUAUUUAGCCACUGGAAAAAUGUUUGUCGACUAAUGUAUACCGCUACGCCAGAUACUUAAUCAUUCAGAUUUAAUUACUUUCUCGGAGGAGUGCGGCUCACAGAGUACCUUAGACACGUAAGUUGUUAGAUUAAAAAAAACAUUUUUUCAUUAUAAAAACAUGCAAGGCUGCCCUUCACGUUCUAGAUUCUAGUUUAUCUGUAGGUAAUGAACUUCCACUACGCCGCCUCCGUCAGGGUUGUUAUUGUCGAUGGGUUAGAGUGCAACUUGACAAGUAAAAGGUGGUAUAUAAAAAAAAAAAGCUUUAUACGCCCUUUAAAGUCGGCAAGGGCGGAAGUAGCUACCGCAGCCGGCCUUCAAAACCCCCACAGUAAGGCUUCUUUAAAGGCCUUACGACGUGAUCAAUAAUAACGUUGUCCAUGAUAAAAGUAAAAAACAAAAAACAAAAAAGUUGAAAAAAAAAAUCCGUAGUGCUUGUGAAUUUUGUAGUUGACUUCGGUGUCACCUUACAUGUGUACCAUUUUAUUUUUUAUUUGUAUCACAUGUAGAUAUAUCAUUUUCUGUGGAAGUGUGAUUCUGUUGAUGUGAGUUACAUUCUAGAUGAGACGUCAGUAUAGACACGCUGAAGGGAGAGUGUCAUGGACCCACCCCCCGACCCGCCCUACACACAUUUUCAGCAAGAAAUUAAAAUAAUUUUUUAAAAUACACAGCGUCCUUCUCCCUUCUGGCGACUCAAUUGUCUAAGUGAAGAUAGGUGAAUGUUUAUUAAUAUACUACUUUCUAGCAAUGUUUAUGCCAAGAUCUUAAAACGCCAGAGAAAGCAAUUGUCGUGUUGUCCUGCAACGCAAGUGAACUGCUUAGAUAGAUCUGGAAACCACGGCGGCAAUUUAUUGUGGAACGAGAGAAAAUGACUUCACUGCAAGCGUUUCUUUCGGAGAGGAAAGAAAAAAACUUUAGUUCGUUGUAAAGGUUUGAACAUCUUGAACGAAUAAUGACGGGGGGUGCGGGGUGUUGGCAGAUCUUAAGUUUGAAUAUAUCUACACACAUGUGUUCGUGUCCAGUUAGAAUCAUCGUUAUCAUGUUUUGUAAAUACUUGCUCUGUACAUUUUGUAAAUUCACUUUUCUCUGUUAUUAUACACACCUUCCUGAUAUUAAUAAAUUGAUGUUGACGGCCA